AUGCCAAAAUAUUAUUGUGACUAUUGCGAUAAAUAUCUUACACACGAUUCUCCAUCAGUAAGAAAAUCACAUACUGUUGGUAAACAACAUAAAUUAGCGGUUCAAUUAUAUUAUCAACAAUUUGAAGCAGAGUUUACCCAAAGUUUAAUCGAAUCAAGAUUAAAAGAGUAUGAGGAAAAUAAAGGUAGAAUAGGUAAUCAAAUAAGCUAUGGUAUGUAUCAACACACUGUUUAUAACGUAAAAGUAUUAUUUUAA